ACGCGUUUGUCGGUGCGGUUAUUGUUGGGGCCCCAUUUGGAGCCAGGCGUUUGUGUAAAUUUGUGCAAACAUAAUGCAAAAAUUAAAGUUAUUAGUGAAUAAAUAAUUGCACUAGUCAGUGCGAUAAAUAAAGUUGAAGCCACUGGCUCCGUUAAAUGUCUUGCAUUGAAAAUCGAUCGAUUUUUGUCGACAACGAAGUUGCAAACUAGCGGGCGUGUGUGUGUGUGCGGUGUGAGCUUCCCUGCGCGAGUGUGUGUGCGUGUGUAUAUGUAGUGUAAAAUACAUAUGUGUAUGUACAUGCUUAUGUACUAAUAGAAAACUCCAAGCAAAGAAAAACAACAACAACCACACACAGCAAAAAAUGUCUGCGACGACUGCAAAUUUUUUGGGGAUGGAGCAUCUCUCAUCGCUGCCCGCUGAUAUACGUGAAAAACUGGCCGAAUUGGAUUUGGAGCUAUCCGAAGGCGACAUUACACAAAAAGGAUACGAAAAGAAACGAGCGAAAUUAUUGCAACCCUUUUUGAAGAAACACGAAUUAAACGAUGUGGAGAAGGCAAAGAAUUUGCCGCCACCGCCAUACUAUAAUAUAAAAGAUAGCAACAAUAGCAGCAACAACAGCAAUGUGAACAACGAUGGCGUCAUCGUCUCCAGUGAGGGAUACAGCUAUGUGACCGAAGUACCUUCACUGCCCUCAUCCCAGCAAAGGCAUUCCAAAAAGUCCGACUUCCAACAGUCAUCCAACUCGUCAUCGACACCACAAGGUGGCGGUGGUGGAGGCGGUGGAGUUGGUGCGCCUGGCUAUGAGAAUAUGCGACCUCAGGGGGGAGCUGUGGGCGAUCCAGGGUAUCAGAAUACACGCGAACCGAGCGCCGCCUUCCAGAACCAUGCACCACAUCCAUCCUCCAACAGCAGUCAACAUCGACAACGGCGCACACAACGCAAGGUGACGCACAACGAGAAGCGAUAUCAUUCCGAGGUACGCACAGAGGCGGUGCAACAGGCAUUGGCGGCAUUGAAGAGUCGCCCCAAGCCCAGUUUGCCGAUGCCAUCGAAACGCAGUUCGGUGCUCAAUCGCAGCCCUGGCUGCAACGAUGAAUUGGACUCAUCAACCGAUGACGAAUCCAUACCGGAGGAACUCAUUUCACCCGACAAGGAAUACAAUUAUCCGCGCGAUCACAUAAGCAAUAGCAUGCUGCCACCCGAACCUAUUAUUAAGCCACCAAUACGUGAAUCAUCGAUGGCACAACAACAACAGCACCACCAGCAGCAGCAGUCACAUCAACAACAGCAGCAGCACCAACAUCAACAACAGCAGCAGCAGCAACAACAACAGCAUUUACGGCAACAACACGAUGUGAAACAAUCUCAAGCACCAAUUCAAAAAUAUCCAUCGUCGGGCAGCGCAGCCGAACGACGACCACCACAGAAUUUGCCGCCACUGCCCACAUCGGAUACGUCGAGCACGGAAUCGCCGCCAAUUGCAUAUAAGCGAGAUAAUGAAUUCUCUGAUAAGGCCUAUAAGCAAAAGCACUACAACGCUCCAGACAUUACGCAGUUCAACAAUGCGCAUCGCAUUGCAGACCGUGUCACACGUUAUGUGAAUGUCUCACAAACCGAUCUCAAUGAGACGGACGCGAAUGGCAAGUGGAAAGUCUCGGCUAAAAUCCAACAAUUGUUGAACACACUCAAACGACCCAAGCGUCGUCCAUUGCCCGAAUUUUACGAAGAUAACGAUAUUGAGCUGGAGAUUGCGGCCAAUCCCAAGGAUCCGAAUGCACCCAAACCGGAGGGCAGCACCAUGACACCCGUGCAGGGCGAACAACUCUCGAUACCGGCGGGUUUGCCGCGCACCUUGGAGUGUGCGCUACAACGAUAUGGCACAAAUUCAUUUAAGAGCUCGAUGGCAACGGUAUUGGAUCCUAAUGGUAAAAUCACCACAACAUUAACCUAUGGCAAGCUGCUGUCGCGCGCACAAAAAAUCGCCUAUGCACUGUCCACGAAGAUCUUUAGCAAGGGACCCGAACAGGUCACCCUCAAACCCGGUGAUCGUGUCGCCUUGGUCUAUCCCAACAACGAUCCAUUGAGUUUCAUUACCGCUUGGUAUGGUUGCAUGUUUCGUGGCUUGGUUCCGUUGCCCAUUGAAUUGCCGCUGUCCAGUUCGGAUACGCCGCCUCAGCAAGUUGGUUUCCUGCUGAGCUCAUGCGGCAUCACCGUUGCCCUCACCUCGGAGGCUUGUCUCAAGGGUCUGCCCAAAUCGGCCACGGGUGAAAUUGCCAAACUGAAGGGCUGGCCACGUCUCCAGUGGUUCGUCACGGAGCACUUGCCGAAGCCACCCAAAGACUUUAAUGUGGGCAACUUGCGCAUCGAGGAAACAGCUGCAGCGUACAUUGAGUAUACUACCGAUAAGGAGGGUAGUGUAAUGGGCAUCACUGUGACUCGUGCUGCCAUGAUCAAUCACUGUCGCGCCUUGACCAUGGCCUGUCACUACACGGAGGGCGAGACCAUUGUCUGUGUGCUGGACUUUAAGCGGGAGGUGGGACUAUGGCAUGCGGUGCUCACAUCCAUACUGAAUGGCAUGCACGUCGUCUUCAUUCCCUAUGCACUGAUGAAGCUGCGUCCGUCGUCGUGGAUGCAACUUAUCACCAAGCAUCGCGCUUCGUGUUGUUUGGUGAAGAGUCGCGAUCUGCAUUGGGGACUGUUGGCCACCAAGGAUCACAAGGAUAUCUCGUUGUCGUCGCUGCGCAUGUUACUCGUUGCGGACGGCGCCAAUCCUUGGUCUUUGUCGUCCUGCGAUCAAUUCUUGAACGUAUUCCAAGCCAAGGGAUUGCGCUCCGAUGCCAUUUGUCCCUGUGCCAGCAGCUCCGAGGUAUUCACCGUAUCACUGCGUCGACCAGGUCGCUCCUCAUCGACGGGAUUCAGUCAAUCGGCCACGGGACGAGGCGUGCUCUCCAUGGCCGCGUUGUCACAUGGUGUGGUGCGUGUCGAUAGCGAAGAUUCCUUGACUUCGCUGACGCUGCAGGACUGUGGUCAGGUGAUGCCGGCGGCACAAAUGGUCGUGGUGCGUUCCGAGGGUGCUCCGGUGCUCUGCAAGACGGAUCAGGUGGGCGAGAUUUGUGUGACGAGCGGCUCGACGGGUGCCAGUUAUUUUGGUCUCGAUGGCAUGACGAACUCGACGUUCAAAGUGCAACCGCUGCUCGAGGAUCCCGAGCAGCCCAAAGAGGGUGGCGGCACCAUUUGCACGCCACCCAAACCGAUUAGCGAAGAGUUCUAUGUGCGCUCCGGUCUCUUGGGCUUCCUCGGACCCGGCGGUCUCGUGUUCGUUUGCGGUUCACGCGAUGGCCUGAUGACGGUGACGGGACGCAAACACAAUGCGGAUGACAUCAUUGCCACGGUGCUGGCGGUGGAACCGAUGCGUUUCAUCUAUCGCGGUCGGAUUGCGGUGUUCAGCAUCAAAGUCCUUCGCGAUGAGCGCGUCUGUGUGAUUGCCGAGCAGCGUCCGGAUUGCUCCGAGGAGGAGAGUUUCCAGUGGAUGUCGCGUGUGCUGCAAGCUGUGGACUCGAUACAUCAGGUGGGCAUCUAUUGUUUGGCCUUGGUGCCGCCCAAUCAUCUGCCCAAGACGCCGCUGGGUGGCAUUCAUCUGUGCGAGGCGAGACGUCGCUUCUUGGAGGGUUCAUUGCAUCCGGCGAAUGUUUUAAUGUGUCCGCACACUUGUGUCACCAAUUUGCCGAAGCCACGCGAGAUGCAUCAAGGUGUGCAAACAACUGCAAAAUUAAGCUCAUCAUCUGGCUGUGGUAUUACAGACACGGGUGUGGGCCCCGCCUCCGUCAUGGUUGGCAAUUUAGUGCAGGGCAACCGCUUGGCUGUUGCACAUGGACGCGAUGUCGGCAUGGCCGAGGAUGGCGAGCGAAAGCCUCAAUUGAUAACGGGCGUGUUGCGUUGGCGCGCCAAUACUUCGCCCGAUCACAUCAUCUUCACGCUGCUCAACUCAAAGGGCGCCAUUGCCAAGACGCUGACCUGCUCGGAGCUGCACAAACGCGCUGAGAAGAUUGCCGCACUGCUGCAGGAACGUGGCAAGAUCGAGCCAGGCGAUCAUGUUGCACUCAUCUUUCCACCUGGAUUGGAUCUGCUGUGUGCUUUCUACGGCUGUCUGUAUCUGGGCGCAAUUCCCAUUACUAUUAGGCCUCCGCAUCCGCAGAAUUUAAUCACGACAUUGCCCACGGUGCGUAUGAUUGUGGAUGUGUCCAAGAGCGGCAUUGUGCUCUCCAUACAGCCGAUCAUCAAGCUACUCAAGUCGAGGGAGGCAGCCUCAUCCAUUGAUCCAAAGACGUGGCCACCCAUACUCGAUAUCGAUGACAAUCCAAAGCGUAAACUGGCCGGCAUAGCCACCGUCUCAUUGGAUUCCAGCGCCUAUUUGGACUUUAGUGUGUCAACUUGUGGCCGCUUAAGUGGUGUCAACAUAACGCAUCGAUCUCUGUCUAGUCUGUGUGCCAGUUUAAAACUGGCCUGUGAAUUGUAUCCAUCGCGUCAUGUGGCCCUCUGUCUGGAUCCGUAUUGUGGCCUUGGCUUUGUCAUGUGGACACUGAUUGGUGUCUACAGUGGUCAUCAUUCCAUACUGAUUGCUCCCUACGAAGUCGAAGCCAAUCCCAGUCUCUGGCUAUCGACAUUAUCGCAGCAUCGUGUGCGUGACACUUUCUGUUCGUAUGGCGUCAUCGAGCUGUGCACCAAGGCGCUGAGCAACUCGGUGCCGUCGCUCAAGCAACGUAACGUGGAUCUGCGAUGUGUGCGCACCUGUGUUGUGGUUGGCGAGGAACGUCCGAGGGUUACGCUGACGCAACAGUUUUGCAAACUAUUCCAGGGAUUGGGACUCAAUACGCGCUGUGUGUCCACCUCUUUCGGUUGUCGCGUCAAUCCGGCCAUCUGCGUGCAAGGCGCCAGCUCAGCUGAGAGCGCUCAGGUCUAUGUCGAUCUGCGUGCGUUGCGCAACAAUCGUGUGGCGCUCGUCGAGCGUGGUGCACCCAAUUCGUUAUGUUUGAUUGAAUCGGGCAAGUUGCUGCCGGGCGUGAAAGUCAUCAUUGCCAACCCGGAGACCAAGGGACACUGUGGCGAUUCGCAUUUAGGUGAAAUUUGGGUACAAGCUCCUCACAAUGCCAAUGGCUACUUUACCAUCUAUGGCGACGAGACGGACUACAAUGAUCAUUUCAAUGCCAAAUUGGUCACGGGUGCCACCUCAGAGAUGUAUGCGCGAACCGGUUACUUGGGUUUCUUGCGGCGCACCGAAUGCUCGCAGGCCGCAUCCAUAUUAGAUGAGACCACACCAAGUGUGGCUAGUCGCGACAGUGAUACAGAGUCCCUAAAUUCCAUGAGCCAAUUGCAAUUGAACUUUUCGAACGCUUCCCUUGGUGGCAACUCCGAGCACAGUCUGGUUGGUGGCGCCAUCAAUGCUAAUGAUCAGGAGCUGCACGAUGCUGUGUAUGUGGUGGGUGCCCUCGAUGAGGUGAUCUCGUUGCGUGGCAUGAACUAUCAUCCAAUAGAUAUUGAGAAUUCGGUGCUGCGUUGUCAUAAGAAAAUCGCCGAGUGCGCCGUCUUCACUUGGACUAAUCUGCUGGUUGUGGUCGUGGAGUUGGAUGGCAACGAGUCGGAAGCAUUAGAUUUGGUGCCGCUUGUCACAAACACUGUGCUGGAAGAGCAUCAGCUCAUUGUGGGUGUCGUUGUAGUCGUUGAUCCCGGUGUUGUGCCCAUCAACAGUCGCGGAGAAAAGCAACGCAUGCAUUUAAGAGACGGCUUUCUGGCCGAUCAAUUGGAUCCCAUUUACGUAGCAUACAAUAUGUAAAUAGUAUUAUAGCGCUAAUCGCUGCGCAUUCAAAAAAAAACACAAAACAAA